CGGCCCGGCCCGUCCCUUCCCGGCCGGACCGCGGCCUUUGCCCGCGGUCGGGCAGCACCCGGAACCCCGAGCUCCGCCCCGCCGCUCCCGGCACCGGCGCCGAUCGCACACGGGCCAGCGGCACGGUCCUUGCCCGCCCUGCUCGACGCAAGGAGCGCUUCCCACUUAAUGAAAGAUGUCAGCAGUUGGAGCAGUGUUUUCCUGCUUCUGUCUCCGUUCUGGUGUGUGGUUGCUGAAACCAGGAAUGCAGAAGAUGAGCUCCUUCAGCUUACACACAGCAGCCAGGUGUGCUGCCAGGGAUUAUUAUGAAGUACUUGUGUUGGGUGGAGGCGCUGGUGGAAUCGCCAUGAGUGCUCGGAUGAAGAGGAGAGUGGGGGCAGAAAAUGUGGCUGUUGUUGAGCCAAGUAAGACUCAUUACUAUCAGCCCCUGUGGACCCUGGUUGGUGCUGGUGCAAAGCAUCUGGCAGCUUCUGCACGUCCAAUGGGAAGUGUAAUACCUUCAGGUGUUGCGUGGAUCAAAUCUCAAGUCGUAGCAUUGGAUCCAGACAACAACUCUGUCUGGCUGGAGAAUGAUACCAGGGUAUUUUACAAGUAUCUGAUAAUUGCUCUUGGAAUUAGUCUGCAUUAUGAAAAGAUCAAAGGCUUGCCUGAAGGUUUUAAUCACCCUAAAAUAGGUUCCAAUUAUUCAGCCCAGACAGUAGAGAAAACAUGGAGAGCUUUACAAGAUUUUAAGGAAGGAAAUGCUAUCUUCACUUUUCCAAAUACUCCAGUGAAGUGUGCAGGGGCUCCUCAGAAGAUUAUGUAUUUAUCAGAUGCAUACUUGAGAAAAACAGGAAAACGUUCCAAAGCAAACAUCAUGUUCAACACCUCACUUGGUGCGAUUUUUGCUGUUAAGAAAUAUGCUGAUGCAUUGCUUGAAAUAAUAAAGGACAGGAACCUUGCUGUUAACUACAAGUGCAACCUCAUAGAAGUUCGAGCAGACAAGCAAGAAGCUGUGUUUGAAAACUUGGACAAACCUGGAGUGACUGAAGUUUACCAGUAUGAAAUGCUUCAUGUCACACCCCCAAUGGGGCCACCUGCUGUACUCAUUAACAGUCCUGUCUCAGAUGCAAAUGGCUGGGUGGAUGUAGAUAAGGAGACUCUGCAACAUAAAACAUAUCCUAAUGUCUUUGGUAUUGGAGACUGCACCAACCUUCCAACAUCUAAAACUGCUGCAGCUGUAGCUGCACAGUCUGGAGUCCUUGAUAAAACCGUUUCUCUGAUAAUGAACAAGAAGUUUCCAGUUACAAAGUAUGAUGGAUACACAUCCUGCCCACUAGUGACAGGCUAUAACAAGGUGAUUCUGGCAGAGUUUGACUACAAUGCUCAGCCUUUGGAGACCUUUCCCAUUGACCAGAGUAAGGAGAGAAGAACCAUGUACCACAUGAAAGCUGAUAUGAUGCCUCUGCUCUAUUGGAAUGCACUACUUAAGGGAUACUGGGGAGGACCAGCUCCUGUCAGGAAGCUAAUGCAUCUGAGCUUGAAGUAAAUGCUGGUUCUCAGCAUUGGUUAAAACCUACCAAAGAAGUGGACUGGUUUCACUGGAUCAGUACAUAUCUUCCCUCUUGGAAUACCUGGCAAACAUUUAAAUUUUUUUUUAAAUCAAGUUUUUGUCAUUAAUUCACUUUUCCUCCUACUAUGGAUUAAAGCCUUUUUAGUGCUCUUUCUGUGCUCUUUUAUGUAAACUGAGGCCUUAAACUACUUCUGUAUUUGCAAAGGAAUCUGACCUUGCCUUACCAUACAGAUUACUACAGGAAUUGCUAGAACAAUAAAUACUUUCAAAGCUA